CUGCUUUCCUCUAGCAUCCUCGUGGUUAGGAUCUUGGAAGCCUCUUUCGUCUUUCGGAGCCGGCUUUCCUUUUUUUUUUACCUGGUCUUUUUUUCCCUUCUUGGGCUGUUGGAGGAGGAGUCAAUUUCCCUCGCUACGUGUUCCCAGUAUUGGAACCCCCCCUCAUAUUCAGAAUGUCGCGCACAGCUGGUCGUGGUGCGGCUAAGCCGUUUGCUGCUUGGACCACUAUCUUCUACCUGCUUCUUGUUUUCAUUGCGCCUCUCGCGUUUUUCGGAACUGCACACGCUCAGGAUGACUCGGUACAGGAGAAUUACGGAACAGUUAUUGGUAUUGAUUUGGGAACCACCUACUCCUGUGUUGGUGUGAUGCAGAAUGGAAAGGUGGAGAUUCUCGUCAACGACCAGGGAAACCGUAUUACUCCUUCCUACGUCGCCUUCACAGAUGAGGAACGCCUCGUCGGUGAUGCCGCAAAGAACCAAUACGCAGCCAACCCCCGCAGGACUAUCUUUGAUAUCAAGCGAUUGAUUGGUCGCAAGUACAGUGACAAGGACGUCCAGAAGGAUAUGAAGAACUUCCCCUUCAAGGUCGCCAACAAGGAUGGCAAGCCUGUUGUUACCGUCGACGUCAACCAGGCCCCCAAGACCAUGACUCCCGAGGAGGUUUCCGCCAUGGUUCUCGGCAAGAUGAAGGAGAUCGCUGAGGGCUACCUUGGCAAGAAGGUCACCCACGCCGUUGUUACUGUCCCCGCUUACUUCAACGACGCCCAGCGUCAGGCUACCAAGGAUGCCGGUACCAUCGCUGGCCUCAACGUUCUCCGUGUUGUCAACGAGCCUACCGCCGCCGCUAUCGCCUACGGAUUGGACAAGACCGGCGGUGAGCGCCAGGUGAUCGUCUAUGAUCUUGGUGGUGGUACCUUCGAUGUCUCCCUUCUGUCGAUCGACGAUGGUGUCUUCGAGGUCUUGGCUACCGCUGGUGAUACCCACCUUGGUGGUGAGGACUUUGACCACCGUGUCAUGGACUACUUCGUCAAGCAGUACAACAAGAAGAACGACGUUGAUGUUACCAAGGACCUCAAGGCCAUGGGUAAGCUCAAGCGCGAGGUCGAGAAGGCCAAGCGUACUCUGUCUUCCCAGAUGUCCACCCGCAUUGAAAUCGAAGCCUUCCAUAAUGGCGAGGACUUCUCCGAGACUCUGACCCGCGCCAAGUUCGAGGAAUUGAACAUGGACCUCUUCAAGAAGACCCUGAAGCCUGUUGAGCAGGUUCUCAAGGAUGCCAAGGUGUCCAAGGGUGAUGUCGAUGACAUUGUGCUUGUUGGUGGUUCCACUCGUAUCCCCAAGGUCCAGGCUAUUCUGGAGGAGUACUUCAACGGCAAGAAGGCCAGCAAGGGUAUCAACCCCGAUGAGGCUGUUGCUUUCGGUGCUGCUGUUCAGGGUGGUGUUCUCUCUGGUGAGGAGGGAACCGAGAGCGUUGUUCUCAUGGACGUCAACCCUCUCACUCUCGGUAUUGAGACCACUGGUGGUGUGAUGACCAAGCUCAUUCCCCGCAACACUGUCAUUCCUUCCCGCAAGUCCCAGAUCUUUUCGACUGCCGCUGAUAACCAGCCCACUGUCCUGAUCCAAGUUUACGAAGGAGAACGUUCCCUCACCAAGGACAACAACCUUCUCGGCAAGUUCGAGCUUACUGGCAUCCCCCCCGCUCCCCGUGGUGUUCCUCAGAUUGAGGUCUCCUUCGAUCUGGACGCCAACGGUAUCCUGAAGGUUGGUGCUAGCGACAAGGGCACCGGCAAGGCUGAGUCCAUCACCAUCACCAAUGACAAGGGCCGCCUGAGCCAGGAAGAGAUCGAGCGCAUGGUGGCUGAGGCCGAGCAGUUCGCUGACGAGGACAAGGCCAUCAAGGAGAAGAUUGAGGCUCGCAACGGCUUGGAGAACUAUGCCUUCAGCCUCAAGAACCAGGUCAAUGACGAGAACGGUCUUGGUGGCCAGAUCGACGAGGAUGACAAGCAGACCAUUUUGGACGCUGUCAAGGAAGUGGCUGACUGGCUCGAUGACAACGGUGCCACUGCCACCACCGAGGACUUUGAGGAGCAGAAGGAGCAGUUGUCCAACGUUGCCUACCCGAUCACCAGCAAGCUGUACGGCUCUGCCCCCACCGAGGAGGACGAUGACAGCUACGGCCACGACGAAUUGUAA